UACUGUCCCAUAGGGCGCCCGUUUUGUAUAUUUUAUUCCGCAGCGAUACCCGGUACAACUUGUUUUGAGUGUUUUUUUUGUGGGUUCAAUGUUGUAGCUCGGAUAUUAACUAACGACUAAUACUGCAAUAUGUUGCGUCAAUAUUUCCCGGAUCCACGAAAAUUUGUUAAACUUUCCAUGGCUGUGGGACGUGUAGCAAGAAAAGAAGUUGAAGGCAGAGCAGAAGUUUCCGUCAAUUUGCAAAGAUUUAACGAAUAUUUUUGCAUUUAUUUCCCAGAAAGCAGCACAUUACAAGUUCAUGAUCCCGGGGACAAAUGUAGUGUGGGUGACUAUGUGUUGAUCAAAAAACUACCUGAAAAACGUCUACAUGUUGAAACUCACCAAAUUCAAGAGAUAGUUCAUAAAGUUGGAAACAUUAUUGAUCCCAUGACAGGAUAUCGAGUUGAAGGAAAUCAAUAUCUUUUGGACUCAUCAUUGAGUGAGGAUGAACAAAUAUCGCUUGAAAAAGAUGUUGCAGAUAAAGAACUUUCACUUAAAUAUACAUUUGAAAUGGACACAGAGAUGUGGAGAUGGGAAUCUCGUAAUCUUGCUAGAAAACCGAAAAAAUCUUGAGUUUAAUUUUUAAAACCCCUGCGCGUAUGUUUCUUGUUCAUGCACCAACUGGGAAAGGUUCAGUUUCCGAAGUUGUCUUACAACACAAGUUCGUUAUUUCUUAUUGAAAGGACCAGUGGUUGGAUUCAAUUUUUUUGUCACCCGGUUCUGUUACAAAAAGUCAUUGGCAUUGCUAACCGGUUCGCUGAUCUCAUAAAAUUCCGUGAGACUGAAUCACACCAAUGGAAAGGACCCAGCUUGACCUGAUCCUGUUGGUUGACAGUGAAUUAAACUAUCAUUUCUCUGAUGUGUACUCCUGUACAUUUUUUAAUAUAUUGAUACGAUUUGAAAA